AUGGUCACUAGCGAUUCUUCGCUGGUGAUUGAUUCAUCUUCACCAUUUGGACGGGUUGGCUCGUCUCCCCAGGUGCCGGCGUCUUCCUUACGCUCUCAUGCUUUGCUUUCACUCUCACGGUUUAAGAGCAGGCUUGGUACGGAAAUGAAUGAAAUUAUCCCAAAUCUUUAUUUGGGAAGUCUCCGAGAUGCUGUCGAUGUACAUCAACUGAAGAAGCAUCACAUACAAUAUGUCGUGUCAGUGCAUGAUUUGACGGCUCAUCACCCGGCACAUGAACACCUCAAGGUCCUCAAAAUUCAGCUAUCAGACUGUUCUUCAGCGAACAUAUCUUCACAUUUUAGCGUCACUAACCAGUUUAUACAUGAAGCCCGUUUAAGACAAGCUUCUGUGCUCGUACAUUGUCUAGCUGGUGUUUCACGAAGUGCCACCGUGGUCGCAGCUUACCUGAUGACAUUGUGCGAUAUGACAUUCUUUAAUGCGAUCACGUUUAUGUCAAGAAAGCGGCCAGUUGUCAAUCCAAACUUCGGUUUCCGAAUGCAACUCUGCACCUAUGCCGAUCGAGUUAGUACCCUUUCUCUUCAAUUCUUUUGA